CUCCAGGACCCUGACAGACCUGCUGAAGCAGCAGGGGAGUGAGACCAGCUCGGUAGAAAAUGUUACGAGCAGUGACAGCGGAGGCAGAGCUAACGGCAUCUCAGCCAGGAUGCUGCGCAGCAGGAGCGAACAAUAUCAGCUGAAUAACUGUGUUUAUGGACCGGUUGGACAAACGCUCUCUCAUCCACAGAGUAACCACAGCACUCUGGGACUGAACAAAUUCACCUCCCUGAAAGCUGUAGCUGAAACUGCUUCCCGGAGUUACUACAAGAGCUUCCCCAUCAUGGACUUCUCUCAGUACCAGCCUGCAGCACCGCCUCCCGUACAGCCCAAAGAGAAGUCCUACAUCCACCAGCCCCUGCCAUCACACCACAUCAUGCACACCCCUCUCUCCAUCUCCAUCCCCUCUACUCACCUGGAGCACUCACGCCUCCCAAAGACCACCACACACCCCUUCCUCUCUAACUCGGCUUUCAAAGCCUGGGAGCCGGCCGGUCGCCACGUCCAGAGGCAGACCUCUGCUCCGGCACACACCUCCUCCUCUUCCUUCCACGGCUCUACUCGGAGACACGGCGGCUCGACACGGAGGCAGCAGAGCUCAGAAAACAUGGCUGAGGUCUUUAAUCGGCCCUACGAAGGGACGUAUGGAGCGGGGCAGGGGCAACAGCACACGUCUCAGUCAUCCUAUUACCCCCAUGGCAGGCAGAAGAGCUACUCCACCCACAGUGCUACAGAGGUGACAGUCUGAGAGCCUCACACACACCAUAUUCAACACAACAGACUUGAUCAUCAAUCGAAGGACAGACUUUGGAUCAUGUUUCGAUUAAACAAGGAGACUCCAAUAUACUGAAUAAUUGGCAAGGAGUCAGAUUUAGGAGGAACAUGAAGCGUCUCUGCUUCUCCAGAUCUUCAAGAUUGAAGUUAAAAUCUGUUUGUUGGGUUCAGUUGUAGUUUUUUUCACAGUAGGGAUGUGGAGCUGUACCCUCAAAAUGAAAAUCUCACCUACACAUCGACAGUUUCAUUAAAACCUGUCUUCUGGUU